GCAAACACGCCGUCGCUGCCCACUUCCUCCGUCGCCCCAUCUCUAUUCCUCGUGGAUGUGCCUCUCAUCUUCCUUCGAGCGCCAGCUUCGCUCCGCGCCAUCCACCGACCAGGUCGCCCGCCACCACCGCGAAGGGCGCCGGUAGGACGGACCCUCCGCUGUGCCGCGACUGCAUUCCACCCACCCUCCCCCCGGUCUCCAGCAUUGUUGUGACAAGAGAACCCCCAUGGCCUGCGAUUAGGGGAGUGGAAACUGCAUGAUUCGGUGAGUCCAAGAUUUACAGAUUUGAUCUGCUCCUAAGCCUGGAAAGGAAGUUCAGUCUAGUUCCAAGUUGGGCUGAGUGUCUGACCUCCGUCCGUUAUCCAGCCUUGUCGGCACCGACAUUCGCAAUCUGCGGCAAUGCCAUGCGUGCGACCCGGCUCGUCCUCCAGCACCGUCUCCGCACGCGCCAACCAGCAGCUGCUAAACAAACUCAAGGAUCAUCUGGACUCUGGGACGCUCCAGCCGGAGCGCGCACACCAACUGUUCGACAAAUUGCUGCGCCAAACGGUUCCGGUAUCAGCGUGCGCACUCAACGGCUUAUUUGCUUCCCUCGCGCGUGCGCUGCCCUCCGCUGCCUGCACCGACGGCCCUGCUCUAGCCAUUGCUCUCUUUAACCGCAUGGCUCGAGAAGGCCACCAGGUGAUAACGCCCAACAUUUUCACCUACAGCAUACUAAUUGACUGCUGCUGCCGCUCGCACCGCCCAGAGCUAGGGCCCGCCUUCUUUGGCCGCCUCCUCAAGACAGGCCUCAUGGCGAACGUCGUUACCUUCACCAGCCUAUUCAAGUGCCUCUGUGACAUGAAGCGGAUAGACGAGGCUGUGGGAGUGCUGCUUCACAGGAUGCCCGGAGACAUGCCUGAUGUCAUCUCCUACUCAACAAUCCUCAAGGGCUUCUGCAAUGAGGGGAGGAGCCAGCUUGCACUUAAUCUGCUCCAGAUGAUGGUCAAAAAAGGAGCUGGCCACUCACCCAACGUGGUAUCAUACAACAUGGUAAUCGAUGGCUUGUUUAAGGAGGGUGAAGUAAGCAAAGCAUGCAAUCUAUUCCAUGAAAUGAAACAGCGGGGGGUCGUGCCUGAUGUGUGGACAUAUAAUUCCAUUAUUGAUGCAAUGUGCAAAGCAAGAGCAAUGGACAAGGCAAAAUUGGUCCUAAGACAAAUGGUUGAUAGUGGGGUUCAACCGGAUAUUGUGACAUAUAAUAAACUGAUCCAUGGAUAUUCCAUUUCGGGCCAGUUUGAAGAGGUCGUUAGGUUGUUGGACAAAAUGAGAAGUCAAGGCGUCAAACCAACUGUUUUUACUUGCAACACAGUCAUGGACUACCUUUGCAAGCAUGGAAGAAUCAAAGAAGCUGCAGAAUUUUUUUAUUCCAUGGUUGAGAAGGGCCAUAAACCUAAUAUAGUCUCAUAUGCUAUUAUGUUUCGUGGGUACGCUAAAGAAGGAUCCCUUGUUGAAAUGACUGAUCUCUGUGAGCUGAUGGCAAGAGAUGGUAUUGUACCCGAUCUCCAUUGUUUCAACAUACUGAUUAAUGCAUAUGCUAAGUGUGGGAUGAUGGAUGUGGCUAUUCUUUUCUUCAAAGACAUGUUGAAGCAGGGAGUGAACCCUGAUGAAGUCACAUAUUUAGCUGUGAUAGCCGGGUAUUGCAGAGUGGGCAUGAUGGAUGAUGCUAUGGAAAAUUUCAAUGAGAUGAUCGGUAUGGGAGUACCACAUAACGCAACUGUUUACAGGUGCAUGAUUCAGGGUUACUUAAAUCAUGGUGAUUUCUUGAAAGCAAAGGAAUUGAUUACUGAAAUGAAGACCAAGGGUAUCCAUCCUAGACCGCGGAAAAGCCAAGGAAUUGAUCCAGGGUACCUCAUGACGCAACUGUUUACAGGUGCAUGAUCCAGGGCUAUUUUCGUCAUGGUGAUUCCUUAAAAGCCAAAGAAUUGAUUACUGAAAUGAAGAACAAGAAUGUUGGUCAUAGGCUGCAGAAGGGUAAUGGUAAUGGAAGGAUAAAUUAUCUUUGACUUGGUUAUCCGCACUGGUGAGAGGCCUGAUGCUAUUACAUUUACUUCAGUUACCGGUGGAUAUUGCUUAGUUGCCAAGAUGGAAGCUCUCAGAAUACCUAAUGCGCUGGUAUCGGUUGGUGUGAGGCCUAGUUUAAGUAUGCAGCACUUCUCAGUGGCUGCUGUAAAAAUGGAAGAACUGAUGUUGGGCGAGAGUGUUAACCUUUAUCUCACAACUUAUGUUUCUGGCAUCAUAUUGGAUGGAGAACAUUGCUGCAUUAUUUCAAUUAUUGUUGCAGCAAAACCUUUUUA